AUGUUGGAAUUUUAUCCAAUGCCCACAAAUCUGAAUCAAGUCGGUGGCAGUCUUUAUUCGCUGCAACAAAAUCAUGGCGGUGCGCGUUUUUUGGACAAUCCGAAUGUAAAUAAUAAUAACAGCAGCAGUAGCAGCAACAACAACAAUAAUAUGACCUGCUUGCCAAAUGCAAACAGCAACAACAAUAACAACAGCAAUGUGCACAACCAUUUAACAACAAACAUUUCCGGCAACAACAACCCGACAGCAACGGCUUCAUUAACGGCAGCUGUAAUAUCCGCACAGCAACAACAGCAACAACAUCAGCAUGCUGGCUUGCCAAUUAACAGCUGCCCAACACCCACAGGACACAGCCCCAACAACAACAACAACAGCAGUAGCAACAACAACAGCAUCACCAUCAAUGGCAACCAAAACUCCUCCUGCAGCACAUUAACAGCUGCUGCUGCUGCUGCGGCAGCGGUGGCAGCGGCUGCGGCUGUGGCAGCGACGUCAUCGGUAGGGUCCGGGUCCUGCCCGACAACGCCAGCAUCAGCAUCAGCAUCGGCAGCAGCAGCAACAACAGCAGCCGCAAACUCGAACACACCAGUGACCAUGCCAGUCGGCUCCUGCUCCUCCUCCUCAUCAUCUUCAACGUCAACUUCUAGCUCCUCCGCAUCCUCAACGUCUUUGUCAUCCACAGGAGUGGGGAUGGGAGCCGGUACAGGUACAGGAGCAACGUCUACGUCGGCAUCGAAAUUGUCUGCCGAUUGCAGUGGACGUACAGAGGUCGGCCACAUAAAGUGCGAGAAGAACUACGAGCUGUGCGAGGGCUGCGGCCAGAAGAUUCACGACCGCUAUCUGAUGAAUGUGGGGGAUGCCAACUGGCACGAACAGUGCCUGGCCUGCUGUUAUUGUGGUCUGCAGCUUCACCACACCUGCUAUGUGAGGAACUCGAAGCUCUACUGCAAGCUGGACUACGAUCGCCUGUUUGGCGUGAAAUGCGCCGCCUGUUGUCAUGCGAUCCUGCCGCAGGAGCUGGUCAUGCGUCCCAUACCCAAUUACGUUUUCCACUUGCCCUGCUUUGUCUGCUACGCCUGCCGACUGCCGCUGCAGAAGGGCGAGCAGUUCAUGCUGCGGGAUGGCCAACUGUUCUGUUAUCGGCACGAUCUGGAGAAGGAGAUGUUCCUGGCGGCUGCGGCAGCGCAGCACUGCGGGUUUGUCGGGCUAGAUGAGGAGGAUUUGUUGCGGCCACGUGAUGGCAGGCGUGGCCCAAAGCGACCCCGCACCAUUCUCACCUCCCAGCAACGCAAACAGUUCAAGGCCUCCUUCGAUCAGUCCCCCAAGCCAUGUCGGAAGGUGCGUGAAGCUCUGGCCAAGGACACGGGCCUAUCGGUGCGAGUGGUGCAGGUCUGGUUCCAGAAUCAACGCGCCAAAAUGAAGAAGAUACAACGCAAGGCCAAACAGAAUAGCGGCAGUACGGGCAGCGGCAAUGGGCGUGGCAGUGGCAGUAGCGCUGCCGAGGACAAGGAUCAUGUCGAGAAGGAGGAGAAGUGCGUCAAGCAGGAGCUUGGCAUCGAUGGCAAUGUGGGUGGUGGCUACCUAUCUGGUCUGGACAGCGCCUUUUCCAGCCAGCCCCUCAAUCCCAACUUGCCCUUCUCACCAGAUGAUUACCCCGCUAAUUCAAAUGACAGCUUCUGCAGCUCGGAUCUCUCGCUGGAUGGCAGCAACUUUGAUCAGCUGGACGACGAUGCCGACUCGUUGUCCCUGAACAAUCUGGAACUGCAAUCGACCAGCUCUUCGGGAAACCAGCAUUCCAAUCCACAUGACAUGCUAGCCAAUCUGAACACCAGUCUCAUCAAUCCCAUAGACAAGCUAUAUCUAAUGCAGAACUCGUACUUCAGCUCGGAGCAAUAGAAGACGGCUACGAUAACCGGGAGAAGAAGGGUUCCACGAAUUUAUUAGAGUUAGAGUUAUCGGCUCCAUUUCCGUUAGCAGCGCCCGCCACAAUUGUAGAUAAUUUGGUAGAAUACAUCGCCAGCGUUCUUAGGCCUUGGGGCAGCGUUUACUUUAAAGCUUAGACAUGUCCUAAAGAUUGGAGAUUAACUUCAAUUGAUUUGUCAUGCAGCAUUCAAGUUGCUAAUUGUAAUAACGAAAACAUCAAAUGUGAUUUUUUUUCUAAGAUUAACACAAAGUAUUGGUUAGACCUUCUUUUAGGAGAAGGCGUUGUGAAUGAGUUUGGAAUGCAUAAUUAAUUGUUAGUUGGAGUAA